AUGUUGGCCUAUUUCAACCGCCCGAUUCUCACCCAUUUGAAUGUCUGCGUUGUUCUGCAGCGUGACACUGCUCAGUCGUUGGUCGACGAAUUAAAGAAGGUGUCGGCUGAUUUGGAGAAAGAAAUCACUGCGCACGACGAGACGAAAAGCAAGCUGGACGAGAUCGAGACACAACUCUCAGAACACACACAGAAGAGCACCACACUACAGGAACAGUACGAACGCGUUGCUAUUGAACUCGCCCAAUCGAGUGCCACGGCCAAGAACGCCGGGGCUAGUAGUGACAUGUUAUCGCUUGAGAUGGCUGACCAUGUGCGUACCGCAGCCAAACUGCGCGCGCAAUUGGCAGAGAACGAAGCACUGGUGAUUGAAAUGCCCGCGCUCAAAGAGAAACUGGCCAAGAAGGAGGCGCUGCUCAAGAAGGCAUCCGAGGCCACCAAGAAACUCAAGGCCUUGGUCAAGCAGUCUCGAGCAGAAACAGUCGAAGAGAGAGAAAAAGCCAAACAGACGGCCGACCGAGAGCAACAGCACUUGGAUACAGUCAACACUCUGCAAACAGCACUCGACGACCUGAAGCUGGAUCUUGCCCAGGCUCUGGCGGACCAUGCAAAGAUUAACAACAGAUGCGAAAUAUUAAACGAAACCAUCAAACGCCAACGCCGUGAAGCAGAAGACAAUGAUCGCGCCACCUUGGACAAUCUGGAGAAGAUAAAACAACAACUGAAAGAAACCACUAUCGAAUUCGAGAACUACAAGACACGCGCGCAGAGUGUGUUGCGGCAGAAGGAUCUAGCAGCCGACACUCUUGCCUCAGCGGCGAACCCAGCCGAAGGCAGUAUCUUCAACUCUCUGGGCGUGACAUCCAACUCAGAAGAAACGAAGACCAUGUGCUCACACGCAUCACCUAUGGUUUUUGGGUUUAGGGUCUUAGGGUUUAAGGGUUUUGCAUCACUGCGGCAUGGGAAGCGUAACAUCAGGUGCACACUUACACAUACGAAACGUACACAUUGA